AAGAAGUCCAAGCGCUCGCUGGGCGCUUACAAGAUCUUCUACGAGGAGGUGCGCCCCAAGAUCGUCGCCGCGCACCCGAAGUUCACCAUCGGCGAGGUCCGCGAGAAGGUCGGCGAGAAGUGGAAGAAGCUCUCCGACGCGGAGAGGAAGUCUUAU